CCCGACCCUCCCUCCCACCCCCGGAUCAAGGGGUACGGGAGUUAGAAAGAGAAAGAGAGGGGAGGUUUGUAACUGGCAGUGCUGAUCUGAGAGAGAGAGAGAGAGAGACCCGUGUACCAUGAGAGUUCACUGGAGUGUGUCCUUAGUCCUGGUCAGCGGCUGCUCUCUGCUGCUGUGGCCCGCCGUGAUGACCUGCGGGCCGGGCAGGGGUUACGGUAGCAGGAGAAGGCACAACCGUAAACUCACGCCGCUCUCCUACAAGCAAUUCAUCCCGAACGUGGCCGAGAAAACACUGGGAGCCAGCGGCAAGUCUGAGAGCAAGAUCACCAGGAACGCGUCCCGCUUCAAGGAACUAAUUCCCAACUACAACCCGGACAUCAUCUUUAAAGACGAGGAGAAAUCCGGUGCCGACAGGCUGAUGACUCAGCGGUGUAAAGACAAGCUGAAUGCCCUGGCGAUCUCCGUCAUGAACCAGUGGCCAGGGGUGAGGCUGAGAGUGACAGAAGGCUGGGAUGAAGAUGGUCACCACUCGGUAGAAUCUUUGCAUUAUGAGGGCCGAGCUGUGGAUAUCACUACCUCAGAUCGGGAUCGCUCCAAAUAUGGGAUGCUGGCUCGCCUGGCUGUGGAAGCAGGAUUUGACUGGGUCUAUUAUGAAUCCAAGGCUCAUAUCCACUGUUCUGUUAAAUCAGAUCAUUCCAUGGCAGCAAAGACUGGUGGCUGCUUUCCUGGAAACGCCAGCGUCCUGAUGGAAGAUGGCAGGCGGAAGAGGGUGUCAGAUCUCCAGCCUGGAGACCGCGUGCAGACGGUGGAUCACGGAGGGAAUGUUAUUUUCAGCAGCUUUGUGACCUUCCUGGACCGGGACCCCCGGGCGAUUAAGAUAUUUCAGCUGCUCGAGACCCGGGAUCCGCCUCGCAGUUUGCUGCUGACCCCGGCACACUUGGUGUAUGUGGCCAAUAACUUCACGUUGGACCUGGGCAAGUUCAGACCCACCUUCGCCAGCAACGUGCGGGUUGGCCAGUACUUGUACGUGGUGGGCCAUUCGGGCCAUCGGCCGGCGAUGGUCACCGGCAUCUCGAUGCGUGAGCUCAAGGGUGCCUACGCCCCUUUGACCCAGCACGGCACCCUGGUGGUGAAUGGCAUUUUGGCAUCCUGCUUCGCAGCCAUUGAUGGGCACGGACUGGCACAUUUGGCCUUCGCUCCCCUUCGCCUCUGCUACCAGUUGACCUCCAUCUUUGGUGGGGGCACAUCCUGGCAGGAAGGCAUGCACUGGUAUUCCCGGCUCCUCUACCGACUCGGCAGGGUCUUCCUCAGCGCUGAGUACUUUCACCCUUGGGGCGUGGCACAGGGCUGAGGAGCAGGUGGGGUAAGGAGUCUUUAUGGAGAGUAACUCGGGAGGGUGCAGGCUUAACACUGGCCGCGCCCCCCUAUCCCCCACCUCCCCUCGCUGGUGAUGGGUGCCUAGGGGUGAAUCACGCGGGUGAAAGGUUGGGGAGCCCUCUGCUUCAAUGGCCCCAAGGAUCUAAACCAUCACGAAGGACAAGGGGUUCCGAGAUGUCCCUUAACCUUUGUUGAGCUGAACGUGGAGCCACCAUCCCUCGCCCAUUGUCAUUUAGAGCAGGUCGCACAGCGGUUCAACGUUGGAAUUUGCCUCAGUGGGCACAAACCCCCAAUCUUGCUUGUAUCACCUCUGACUGAAUUACACUGGACCCUCCCUUUGAUUUGUAACCAGAGGAUUCAACAUCUCAAUAUCGUCUUCGACUGUGCAGCGUACGAAGCAGCCAGAGAUCACUGUACAACAUGUGCAGGCAUAGCCUCAGACUCUGUUUCAAAGCCAUGCAUCCUGCCCCUACAUGUGUAUCGUUGUUUUUAACCAUAUUCCUGUUACAAACCGCUACAUCUCCAUUUAGAAUGAGAAUUGCCUACGCAAACAUGUCACACUGCAGUUACAUCCCCUGGCCACUGGUGGUGCUACAGGUGGUUUUGCUUAGUAGUUGUGGAUUUGGGAAUUUAAAAUGGAUAGAAAUGUACGUGCAGAUGUAAUUAAUAUUAGAGAUGUAUAUAUAUCAGAAAAUUACUGUUGUCGCAGGGAGAGGCUUCAACCAUAUUAUCAAAUCCAAGUGGAGAGGGAUUCACGGCUUGAGUCCUACUGUUUACUUUGCUGCUGAAACAAACUAAUUAAAAUUUUCCUUAUCUGUGUCUCCAUGUCAUCAGACGCAGAACUAAACAUGACAGAUAGAAACCUAACGCUUAGCUUACCACUCUCUGUGACAAAAUCUAGAGUUGCCAACUCUGGUUGGGUAUAUUCUCAGAGACUUUACCAACAUAGAUUCUAGGAGUAGGCCAUUUGGCCCUACAAGUUUGCUCUGCCAUUCAAUAUGAUCAUGGCUGAUCAUCUAACUCAAUACUUCUCCCGUUUUUUCACCACACCCUUAGAUUCCUUUAGCCCUAAGCACUAUAUUUAACUCCUUCUUAAAAGCAUUCAAUGUUUUGGCCUCAACCACUUUUUCUGGCAGACAAUACCACAAACUCACCACUCUCUGGUAGAAAAUAUUUCUCAUGAGACUUCCUGUUGUUCUAUCACAUGAUUUCCUGUCUCUGUGGUCCAUACCUCAACCCAAUUCUUUCGCAACAAAACCAAGGGCUUCAGAGGAAAAUGGUAAUGUUUUUAAAAAUAAUGCCACAGUGGAGGGGUACAGUAGUUCAGUCGCUGGGAACCUGGGUUCAAUUUCACCCUCAGAUCACUGUCUGUGUGGAGUUUGCACAUUCUCCCUGUGUCUGCGUGGGUUUCCUCCGGGUGCUCUCGAUUUCCUCCCACAGUCCAAAGAUGGGCAGGCUAGGUGGAUUGGCCAUGGGAAAUAACCCAUGGUGUCCAGGGAUGUGCGGGCUGAGUGGUUUAGCUAAGGGAAGUGUAGGGUUACAGAGAUAGGGUAUGGGAGUGUAUCUGAGUGGGAUGCUGUUCGGACAGUCAGUGUAAUUUGAUGGGCUGAACGGCCUGCUUCCACACCAGUGGGAUUCUAUGAUCCCAAAGCAGGGUCCACUCUGGGUGACUGAUGUUGUUGCUCACCAAUUUUCGACAGAAAACAGCGACCUUCAAAGUCAAAGCAAAAAGUGCCAAAAACACUCGGCUGGCCCGGUGGCAUUGGAAGGAAAAGCACUAUUAAUAUCUCAGGUCAAAAAGACAUCAACCUGAAAUGUUAACUUGGCUUUUCUCUCUCUCUCUAUCUCUCUCUCUCUCUCUGCAGAUGAGCUGCUGGACUUGUUGUGUGUUUUCAAAAUCUUAUUUUUACAGGCUUCCAGCAGCCACGUUUUACAAAUGGCCUUCUGGCUAUCUUGUACUCAGUGGAAUAUUUAUUAGUUCUGAUAAAUAUUUAAGUGCUGCAUGUUUAUUCUGUACACCAGGCCAUGUGACAGUCCCAAUCAGCUACAAAUGGCCACAACAUACAUCUCAGAUUGGACCUACCUGUUAAAUUACGGCGAUUUCAACACUGUACCUGAACCAGUAAUUGUAAAGUUAAUCCCCACUCCAGGACAUUAUCAAGGUUGACAAUUCAGUGCCUCACUGAGAGAGUACAGCACUAUCAGAGUUGACUGAGAUAACAAGGUGUAGAGCUGGAAGAACACAGCAGGCCAAGCAGCAUCAGAGGAGGAGGAAGGCUGACGUUUCAGGCCUAGACCCUUCUUCAGAAAUGGGGGCAGGGAAGGGGGGUUCUGAAAUAAAUAGGGAGAGACGGGGAGGCAGAUAGGAGAUGGUUAAAGGAGAAGAGAGGUGAAGAGGAGACAGACAGGUCAAAGAGGCAGGGAUGGAUCCAGUAAAGGUGAGUGUAGGUGGGGAGUUAGGGAGGAGAUAGGUCAGCCCAGGGAGGACGGACAGGCCAAGGGGGCGGGAUGGGGCUAGUAAGUAGGAGAUCGGAGUGGGAGGAGGGGAUGGGUGGGAGGAAGGACAGGUUAGGGAGGCGGGGACAAGCUGUGCUGGUUUUGGGAUAUGGUUGGAGGAGGGGAGAUUUUGAAAGUUGUGAAGUCCACACAUUGAUACCAUUGGGCUGCAGAGUCAGCUGCCAUUCUUUGACUGCAAAAUUGGCAUUGCUGCCACAAAAGAGAUCUGAACCUUCCACUGUGCUGCUCGAAUUGGCUCUCAGCUGCCCACAAAUUGACCAUACGUUUCCGCAGAGAUGGCAAACACCUCAAAUGCAAAGUGGUAUCUAUCCUCAGCCGCAAGUAAUGUCCAAGUAUAGGGGCUCGGCCAAAAAGCAUAGAGAUGUGGAAACAUGUGCUCCCUCAAAGGACCGCGGAUUUUAAAACUCCUCCACGCCAGAGAAUAAUGGAUGUUAAGUUGUUGAGCAUCACGUUCAAGUCAGAGGCGAGAUGUAGAGCUAAGAUGGGACGUUGAAGUAGACAAUUGGCUGCAAUCUUGUUGAGUGGUGGGGAACAGGUUCCGAGGGGGUGAAUGGCCAACUCUAACCCCUAGUACCUGAGGGCACAGCCCAUAGGGUGAAGGGGCAACCCUUGAAGAACUGAGAUGAGGUGGAAUUUCUUCAGCCAGAGGUUGGCAAGUCUGUGGAACUCAUUGCUGCAGAGGGCUGUGGAGGCCAAAAUUGAGUGUUUUUAAGACAGAGAUAGAUAGGUUUUUGAGUAAUAAUGGGGUAAAGGGUUACAGGGAGAAGGCAAGGAGAAUGGGGUUGAGAAACAUAUUAGCCAUGAUCAAAUGAUGGAGCAGUCUCGAUGGGCCAAGUGGUCUAAUUCUGCUCCACUAUUUUAUGGUCUUAUUUCUUACAUUAAGUUUCCGGACAAACUUGCUUGAAAAGCAGCUAUUUUGUGUCGGAUUUCUCCACCUGUUGCAUCACUGAUGGGGAGAACAAUGUGAGUAGGUUCACAUUGUCCCAGGUAGAAAAGCUGCCCCUCACUUGGCUGCUUCCAAUCAGCAGGAAACAAAAUGGGAGACAAUGACAAGGAGAUAUCAAAAAGGGCCCAAGUAUCUUCCUCUGAGACACUGAGGGUGGAGGAGAGGAACAGAUCUGUCACUGGGCAAGUUCAGUGACAGAAUAAGGUGCUGCCAAAUGGUAAUUUCAUCAUUUAGUGUUCUUGAUAAUUAUUGACAAUAUGCGAUUCAGCCCUGUACACCUCACUGGUAGUGCCAUUCUGAGCCAACUACAUGAAGUAGCAUUUUGAUGGUGUUAAAGUGAGGAAACAUCCUCCCAUCUGUUCUCAUUCCACGCUGUGCGAUGUUCCCAUUCGCUUUUGCCAACCUCAGUGGAAAGAUUGACAUGUGGGACUGAGCGUUACCUGAACAUGGGACUGAAUAUGAGACUGAAUGCAAGACUUAAAUGCAGGAUUCAACAUGUAACCAAAUACAGGACUAAAUGUGUGACUAAACACAUGGCAAACAUGGGACUGAUCAUGUGACUGAACACAGGACUGAAUGUGUAGCUGAACGUAGACCUAGGUGUGUGACUAAACGUGAGACUAAGCAUGUGACCAAAUGCUGGUUCGAAGGUGAGAUUAAACACAAGAUGAAAUGCGCAACUGAAUGCAGGACACAGCAGUGCUUGCCUCAGGCACCUUACAAAAAUUAAAUCUAUAUGUAAUUCUCUACUUACAGAUCUAUGCCUCGUUCAUGCUAAAGCUAAUCUAUUCCUCUCCAAAGACUUAUUGAUUUUAUUUGAGAUAAUGGGAACUGCAGAUGCUGGAGAAUCCAAGAUAAUAA